GGAAUUUGACGUGAGAACACUGAAAAUGGAGCAGAAGAUGAUCAAAGUCCUUCAAAAGGUGACAACUUUGACGGAAUUGAAGCAAACACAUCUCCAAAUCAUAGCCCAUGGACUUGGAGAAAGCAAUCAUCUUCUUCCCAAGCUAAUGGAUCUCUCUUUGGUCCUCCACUCUCUUGACUAUGCCAUUCAAGUCUUUGAGAGUGCUCAAAAUCCAAAUGUUGUGGUCUAUAACACCAUGAUCAAAUGUUUCAUUGAGAAAAGGUACCAAAAUGAGGCCUUUUCAACUUACAAUAAGAUGAGGGCUUUGGGAAUUUUCCCCAACAACUUCACCUCCACCUUCCUGCUUAAAGCCUGUGAAUCUUUAGAGUCUUUGGAGUGGUGCAAAGGGGUCCAUGGCCAGAUAACAAAGUGUGGAUUUGCGCUUGAUGUCUUUGUUCAAAAUGCCCUUUUGAAUGUCUACUCCAAAUGUAGUAUGACGGUAGACAUGGCCCGUCAAGUUUUUGAUGAUAUGCCUCAAAGAGAUGUAGUUUCCUGGAAUUCUAUCGUUGGAGCAUGUAUGACACGUGGGGAGAUGGCGCAGGCGAUGGCUUUGUUUGAGUUGAUGCCAGAAAGGAACAUUAUAUCUUGGAAUACUGUUAUUGCUGGUCUUUCUAGAGGUGGAGACAUGGCUUCGGCACAAUUAGUCUUUGAUAGGAUGACAACAAGGAAUACUAUUUCAUGGAAUACCAUGAUUUCUGGUUACAUGAUGAGUGGCGACAUUGUAGCUGCACGAUCAUUGUUUGAUCAGAUGGUGGACAAAGAUGUUGUUUCAUGGACAGCCAUGAUCUCAGGUUACACUAAAGCUGGCGACUUAGAAUCUGCCAGAGAGCUCUUUGAUCAUAUGCCAGUUAAAAAUGUGGUUUCAUGGAAUGCGAUGAUUGCAGGGUACAACCAGAACUAUCAAUUCAAUGAGGCAUUGCAUAUGUUUCAGUGGAUGCUGCUAGAUGGGAAGUUCCCACCAGAUGAGGCUACUCUGACCAGUGUUGUCUCUGCCUGUGCUGACCUGGGCAGCCUCGAACAUGGUAACUGGAUCCAUUCUUAUAUAAAGAGGAAUAAUGUCCAACUUACAGUUGCAUUAGGAAAUGCACUAAUAGACAUGUUUGCAAAGUGUGGAGAUGUGAAGAGUUCGGAGUUGGUAUUCCAUCAGAUGACAAGAAGGUGUGUAAUUACAUGGACAACAAUGAUUUCAGGUUUUGCUUUCAGUGGCCACUGCAGAGAAGCUUUGACUCUUUUCAGUAAAAUGUGUAGAGAGGGAAUAGAACCAGAUGAUGUCAUUUUUAUUGCUGUUCUUUCUGCAUGCACUCAUGGAGGGCUUGUUGAAGAAGGUAAGGCUAUAUUUGAUCAAAUGGUGAGGCAGUAUAGAAUCAAGCCAAGAAUGGAACAUUAUGGAUGCAUGGUGGAUCUCCUUGGCCGAGCAGGAAGAUUAGAUGAAGCAGUUAGGUUUAUUGAGAGCAUGCCCAUGGAACCCAGUGUGGUUAUAUGGGCGACUUUACUCAGUUCUUGUGUCACGCAUGGAGCUAGGGAGUUGGUCGAUUUUGUGAAUCGAAAGAUUGUUGACUUAGAGCCAUCGAAUCCUGGGUAUCAGGUGCUAAUUUCAAAUUCUAGUGCCUUAGAAGGAAUUUGGGAGGGAGUUCUGAAUGUCCGUGCGAUGAUGCAUCAGGAGGGAAUUAAAAAAGUGCCUGGUUGCAGCUCGAUACAAGUGGGUGGAGAGGUCCAUGAGUUUCUAGUUAAGGAUACUAAGCAUGAGAAGAGGAAAGAGAUCUAUGAGGCCUUGGAUGGACUAACAAAAUUGAUGAGGCAAGUGGGCUAUGUUCCCUAUAGAACUCGAUAUGGCUUAUUACAAUAAGAACAAGAAGGCUUUCGCAAAGAUUGGCUGCUAGGUAUCGUGACCAACCAUCAGAGAAGUAAAAAUGAACAAUUGCAAGAAAUGAAAAUGGCACGAUUGGUAGCUCAGGCCUGUGAAGCUUUAUCAGCAGACCAGGUAACUGUGGAGAUCUCAAAGCAGAGAGGAGGGCUGCUUCAGCAAAUCUAACAUGAUAGGCAAUUGGCAUCAUUACAUCAGGUUUGCCACAGACAGUGCUGACAAGAAAGUUUUGCCUUAUAUCACUGAGUGCUUGUGUACGGUCAAACCACAUGGUUUCCUUAAUACAGUUCCAGAGGUGAGAAGACAUAUUUUUACAUGGAAUCUGGCAGCCUAGACAGCUAAAUGCUUAUAAUUGCAGAGAAGCCAACCAAAUGCCGAAACUUGUUUUAGCACAUUAUCGCUAAUGUGGAUCUAGCACCGUCAAGUACCUAUUUCAAAACUGGUAGUUUAGAGUGAGUUCAGCGGAGCCUGCUUCUUGAUGAACUACUGCACUCAGUAAAUUUGUUUAUUCAUUCCCUAUGUGCUUUCAAAGCAAAUCCAUUCUAGAGCUUCAGUAACUGUCUAGGAAAUUAAAACUAGGUGAAACUACAAAAGAGUACAUUUGGGCAACUCGGGCAAGCAAGGAAGAAAGCAACUCCAAGUCAAUGUUGUUAACACAAAUUAUUUAUCUCAUGCAAAAGAAAACCUUCAAAUAAGAAUUCAAACUUCCAAGUGAUGUUAAAGGUUCUGUGAAUGGUGGACUCUUGGAUAUUGGAACUUUGCAAUUGUAUCCAUUUAUUACAGUAAUUUACUGCUCAUGUUCUCCACAAUGAAGACCAAUGUAAAACUAUUGAUGAACUUGUGACAUAAAGCCUCACCAUGAACUAAAUGCUGAACAAAUAGAAGCUUUCAUCUCCACCAUAGGAUCCUAGGUAUCUAGAUCAAAAUUUUCAUGAAAUCACCUCAUUCAAGUCUCCUAAUAGAGAAACUUCU